UUUUACUACAGCCGCUGUUAGUUAGUUAUUUGUAUGCGUCGUCGCGCGUUUUCCCACUGAGACAACUGCAACGCGAAGUUGCAGCAACAGCAGAGGCAGCAGCAGCAGCAGCAAUUGUUGCAGCAACAGUCGCUGCAACUGUUGCAGCAACGGCAACAGCAGCAACACAUCCUUCCCAAGCGUGCGCGCGCGCGUUUUAAAACACGCGCAAAAAUCGCCUGGCGUUUUGGCGAUUCUAUUCUAUUCUCUUCGGGUUUUUUUUUUGCAUUUGCCGUUUGAGAUUUGUGCAUGUUCUUGGUGAAUUUGCUGCUGUUUCAGUCGCUAUCGCGAUCUUCUCAAGGCUGCACGCGUUUUCUGCUGACGCCGCCGUUUGCGUCGCUGUCGCGUCGUCAUCGCGUCUGCGUCGCGUCUACGUGUUCAAAGGCAGAAAUUCCUUUCAGUUCGUGCCGUUCGCCUUCAUAAUUCCCCCUAAUUAUCCGCCGCACUCUUAAUAUUUGCAACGUUUUUUCUACGUUAAUUUUUUUUUUUUCGGUGUUUUUGUGUAAUGUGCAAAAAGCGCACAAGAAAUAAACGCCACGUUUGAAAAUGCAUGCAUAACGCAUAUAAAGUUCAAGGAAGUCCGAAAGGCCAACACAUGAUAUAAAUUAAGGAAAUUGGUGGUCGACAAACAAGUAAAGAAAAUUGGAAAAUUUCAUGUAGAGACUGAUAUUCGGUUUUGUGUGCAAUAUUUAUCUUUGCCAGAGCGGUGUAAUAUUUGUGUUCUAUUUGCCGCUGCCUGCUGCAUAAGCAAACAGGCAGCGUAAGCUGUCACCGACAUGGGCAGUGAGCACUACUGCUUGAGGUGGAACAAUUACCAAUCCAACCUGUUAGGGGUGUUUAGUCAAUUACUACAAGACGGGAGCCUGGUGGACGUCACACUAGUUUGUUCAGAGGGCACAUCCAUCAGAGCCCAUAAGGUGGUCCUCUCGGCUUGUUCCUCGUACUUCCAGAGCCUGUUCCUGGAGCACCCCGAAAGACAUCCAAUUGUGAUAUUGAAGGACGUCCGUUUUGCCGAGCUGCAAACCUUAGUUGAAUUCAUGUACAAGGGCGAGGUGAACGUGCAAUAUUGUCAGUUGUCCGCGCUGCUCAAGACAGCCGAAUCCCUCAAGGUCAAGGGCCUGGCCGAGAUGACGAACCAGAAUACGACGCUGCGCGAACCGGAACGGGAACCGGACCGCUUGCGUCCGCAGGGCGGCGGCGGCGGUAGCGGCGGAUCCGCUCACAAGGCGGCCGACAGUCCGGCGGCUGCACUCGAUGCCACAGCGGCCACACAGGCGGCGACUGCCACGGCAACGGCAACUGCCGCGGCGGCAACAUCGACCUCAACCUCAGCAACAUCUGCGGCAGCAACGGCAGCGGCAACAUCUGCAUCCACAACGGCAACAGCGGCGGCGGGGAGUAGUAGUAGUACAACAACUACAACGGCGGCAACAACAACAGCAACCUGUGCCACAGCAACAACAUCCACGGCAGCAACAUCCUCAUCAUCCUCGGUGACAUCAGCAGCAGCCGCAGCAGCCGCAGCAGCAGCAUCUGGUGUUGCGCACUCAGAGGAGGCGACCUCGUCAUCAACGUCCACUGGCGGACAGAAGCGGGAGGCUAGCGAUCGCAGCAGUCCCACGCCCGCCAAACGUUCCUCGCGAUCGUUGCAUCCAACGGACAAGGAGGAUGUGGCAGAGGAUCGAGAUCGGGAUCGCGAGCGGGAACAGGAGCAACACCAGGCGGACGAGCUGCUGAGCGGUGAGCUGCUCGGUCGCAACUUAAAGGACGAGGAGGAGGACGAUGUGGAGGAGGUGGAUGAGCUGGAUGAGAACGAUGAGACGCUGCUGAGGGAGCGCGACGAGGACGAGGACGACGAGGAUGAGGAGGAGGACACGCCCAUGCCGCUGGAUCUCUAUCAAAGACCAAAUGUUGAGGCAAAAAGCGCCGCAGCAGCAACAGCAGCGCAGCAGGGCGGCAGCAACAGUCUCAGCGGCAGCAGCAACACCUGCCACACCAACAGCACCAGCGGCAGCAACAACAAUAAUAACAACAACAACUCCAGCAGCAACAACAACAACAACAAUACUAGUAGUGGGAAAACCUCAGCGGCCAGCAAUGGCGGUACAGCGACAUCCGGCGGCACAGCGGACUCCGUGGUUGCGGUGGACGACGAUGACGACGACGAUGGUGAUCACCACCAUCAGCGACAGGUGAUUAACGAUCGAUUGGAGCAGCAGGAUGUGGACGAGGAAGAUCUGGACGAUGAUGUCGUCGUGGUGGGCCCUGCCACCGCAAUGGCCAGGGGCAUUGCCCAGCGGCUGGCCCACCACAAUAUGCAGCGUCUGCAACACACGCACCACCAUGCGCCGCACCACCAGCACACGCAGCACCAUCACCAGCAACAGCACCACCAUACGCCGCACCAUCAGCAGCAUCAUACGCACUCGGAUGACGAGGAUGCCAUGCCCGUGAUUGCCAAGAGCGAGAUCCUCGACGAUGACUAUGACGAUGAGAUGGAUCUGGACGAUGACGAUGAGGCGGAUAACAGCAGCAACGAUUUGGGUCUCAACAUGAAGAUGAGCAGCGGUGCAGGCGGUGGCGUCGAUCUGUCCACCGGCUCCACAUUGAUACCCUCGCCAUUGAUCACCAUGCCAUCCUCAUCGGCGGCGGCAGCUGCAGCAGCUGCAGCAGCAGCCAUGGAAUCGCAGCGUUCCACGCCGGCCAUGUCAGCGGCCCAGGCAGCUGGAGCGGGCGCUUCGGACCUCAGUAUUGGUGGCUCCGGCGGUCGACCGGCGUCCAGGAGCUCACGCGACGGCGGCGGCAACGAUGGUGGCCGCGGAGGAGCAUCCUCCUCCAGUCUGCUGAGCCCGGGAACUGUGGCCAAUCUGCUGCCCGUGCAAUCGGUGCCAUUGAGUCUCAAGAAGGAGAUCGAUUGCAGCGAGGACGACAACAGCAGUCACAGCAGACACAUGCAACAGCGUUCGGCAUCAGCUGGCGGCGGCCUGGGCGGCGACCUUGACUACCGCGCCUCCCACGAGUCGCUGCUCCGCAACUUCAGCUCCCCAAUGAGCGCCAUGGCCGCCAGUCGCUGCCCCACACCCUUCGCCUUCCCCUUCUCGCCACUCGGCCUGAGCCUCUUCGACAUCGAUCCGUCCAGAAUUCUCAGCCUGCUGCACCACCAAACCUGGUUGGCAGAGGAGGCCCUCAGGACACGUGGCCUGUUGGCGGCGCCAAAGGACUUUCCGCACCGCUUCACCACCCUCAGCGACCUGCUGACCAAGGACUACCAGCCGAUGGUCACGGCCACGGCGACGGCGACCACCGCCUCCUCGACCAGUCAGGUGAGUGCCAGCCGUUCCGGCGACACUCCCUUCAAGCACGCACAGCAACCGCAGCAACCUCAAGGAUCUGGUGUCGCUGCUCUCGGUGGAAGCCAGGCGACAGGUGCAUCAUUCAAUCUGCGCUAUCCCACGCCCACCGCCUUCUACCAGCAGCAACAGCAGCAACAGCAGCAGCAGCAGGGUAAGGGUGCCAAGUCGUCGCCUUCGCCGCAGCAAAUGGCCACCAGCUCCACGACGGUCAUGUCCAACGAUUCUGGUGAGGAUAGCUGCAAGCGCAGCUCGGCGGACAGCGACGAGGUGACCAUCAUGGAGCUGCCCAGCGAACGCAGUGCCCAGCUGUACAAGGAGUCGCUGGAGCAGCUGCUGCAGCGCCAGCGUCGCACACCCAUCCUGGCGGGUACGGGAUCUGGUUCGGGUUCGGUCACAGGAUCGGGAUCGGGAUCGGGAUCGGGCAGUGUUAUUGUUGAUGCCGCCGGCCUGAGGCAGUAUACCCAACUGUUGUUGACUGGCGCCGCUGGGAGUGGUGUUUCCGAUCUGAAGGAGAAGAGCUCCUCGUCGUCCACCUCGUCCACGCCACCGCUGCUGACGCAGCAGCUCAGCCAGAUGCUGAAGAGUCCCUCGGACACGUGCUCCUCGCUGUUCAGUUCCUCGGGCGGCGGCACAGGAUCGGCCGGCACGGUAGGCAUCACCGGCGAGACCAUCGAGGAGGAGACCCGCUGUGUGGUGUGCAAUGCGCACUUUCCGAACGUUUGGCUGCUGGAGCAGCACGCCGCCCUGCAACAUCCCCAUGUGGGACCCGGCGAGGAGAAGCCCUUCAUCUGCGAGCAGUGCGGCCAGUCGUAUCGCUAUCGCAGUGCCUACGCCAAGCACAAGGAGCAGAAUCAUCGGGCUCGUCUGCCCGCCGACAAGCUCUUCACCUGCGACGUGUGCGGCAUGCAGUUCCGCUACCUGAAGAGCUUCAAGAAGCAUCGCCUCAACCACGCCCUCGAGCGGCUCCAUGGCAAGAAGAGUGUCGGUGUGAUUGGACGACUGGGCGGUUCCGGUUCCGGUUCGGGACCGGGUUCCUCGUCGAUAUCCGUCUCGGUGGCGGCGCCCGCUUCUGUGUCCGCCUCGGGUUCGGUGACCUCGGUGGAUCAGGAUGUGGUCACCAGCUCGCAGGAGCCCAUGCUGGCCGACGAGGGCGAGGAUCUGCGGGUGAAUGUGAAGCGGGAGGGUGGCUCCGAUGAGCUGGGCGCCGAGUCGCGGGCCAACGACAUCGAGGAGCACGAACAGGACAACACCGUCGACUCCGCGGGCAUCACGAUGCUCUACCAGGACAACAACUCCUCGGCCUCGGCCUCCACCAGCGCCACCGAGCCGAACAUUAGCAGCUCCGACGGCAUUCAUAGUACAAACAAGCGGUCGCGCAUGCACCACUUGGAAACGGAUCCCUCCUACCCACACCACCAUCACCACCACCACCAUCACCAUCAGCAUCAGCAGCAUCAGCAUCAGCAGCACCACCAGCCGCAGCAGCACCAACAGCACCACAAUCCGCAGUCGCAGUCGCAGUCACAGUCGCUGCCGAGCCACUUGGGCCACGUUUCACUGCCACUGGUGGCCACCUCGGCCGCCGGCUCCUCAUCCUCGGCGGCUGCCGCUGCCGUUGUGGCCGCCGCCCAGGCGCAGGCCAGUUCCGGCGGCAGCGGAAGCGGCGCAACCGGAAGCGGUGCACCUGGCAGCGGCAGCGUUGGCUCCGCAGGCAGCUCAGCUGCAGGCGGCGGCGGAGGCGGCGGCAUCAGUUCCCUCAGCUCGCUCACCUCCCUGAUCAAUGCCGAGCGCAUUCCGAACGAGCAGUUCCUGGGACUCAAUCCGCAGGAGGCAUCCAUACUCAACUUCUUGCGCGUGGACGCCGCCGAGCGACAAAGGGACAAGCGACCUGCCACCUCGCGAUUCGCGUGCCCCUUUUGCGGCAAGUGUGUGCGCUCCAAGGAGAAUCUGAAGCUGCACGUGCGCAAGCACACCGGCGAAAGGCCGUUCGUGUGCCUCUUCUGCGGCCGCGCAUUCGGUGGCAAGUCGGACCUCACCCGCCACCUGAGGAUACACACCGGCGAGAGGCCGUACCACUGCGAGUCGUGCGGCAAGUGCUUCGCACGGGCGGACUACCUAUCGAAGCACCUGACCACCCACAUCCACAAUGCGCCGCGCUGAGAUGAGGCGCGUAGGAGACGGCUCCUACGCAGAUAAGGAACCAGCUCCAGGAUCAGCCACACUCACACUCACACACACACACACACACACAACACACACACUAAAUACAGGAUGUAGUGAAGCCUAUGUAUAAAUCCAAUUAUUAACAGAAGCUCUACGUUAAGGUCGAUGUAACCCACACAUUUGCUCGCAAGUGAAUUUUUUUUUUUUUUCUUCGUGUGGUGCAAGCUAGAGAAAAACAAAAUUAAGGGCAACUAAUUAGCACGGGUAUUAAAGUGUUUAAGAUUCUGCAUAUACACCUAUCUCUCUAACAAAAAAAAAAAACAUAUAAAUAUUAUGUGUGAGUAAGGCGAUUAUAAGACGAUUAUAAUUACGGAUUAUAAUUAUUAACGUAGCACAAGGAUUAAGUUUUUUCUACAACUAUGAUUAAGUGCAGAUGCGUACGAAAUGCGACUUGGUUCUGUGAGACAAAUUAUUUUAAACACAUUUAACGAAACAGCCACAAAACAAAUAGCAUCAGACAUUGCAAUACCAAUACCAAUACCAAUACCAAUACCAAUUAAACAAAAUAGUCUGUAUUUUCUACCGAAACAAAUGGAAUGGAGAAGCAGCAUCUGCCGUUGAUAUACACAAUAGAUAAAAUAUAUUUAAUUUUACACCGAUCUAUAGAAGCUAACUAGCAACAAUUUGUACAAAACUAAGUAAAACACCAAGCAAACUUUGCAAGGAUCAAUGCAAUAACUAAGUAAACUCUGUUACCUACCACAGAAAACAAUAAGCGAUAUGGGAUUUUAGUUAUGGGAACUAAGCCAACCACUAAAUACUGUGUACUACUGUGUAAAACAAUGUUUCAACGAUGCAAGUGCAAGCAUUAUUUAUUUUUCGGUUCACCGAUCUAUACUACAUACUACAACAUAUAUGUUCAAAAUGGAGGCGUAGUUGGUUUAUAGGAUUAUUGUAAAGCUAGGAGAUACGAAUGGGAUCUACCACCGUCAAUAGUUUAAUUUAUAUACAAAACAAAACAAAACAAAACAAAACAAAUCAAAUCAAAGCGAAGCGAAGCGCAGCAAGGCAAAUCAAAACUAAAAACAAACAUAGCAACAAUUAACAAUUAACAAUUACCAAUAGCAAUUACAAUUUAAACUGCAACUGCAAACUGCAACUACAACAACACAAAACUAACUGUGAUCACAACAAGAAAGCAACAUUGAAGUUUUAACUAACCUACAAACAAAAGCUAAACAGGCAAGCAUAGUUUAUAGCGAUGGCAACCAUGGCAAGCAAUAGAGAAACUGGACGGUGCUGGCAACCCUGCAGCUGCUGCAUCGUCCAUCCGCUGGAAACGAAACGUGCAAUUAAACAAUAAAAACAAUAAACUAGGGAAAGUCCAAACAUGAUUUCUCAACCGAUAUUUGCUUCAUUUUUAACAUCUUAGUUUAGCAGACAUACACACACAAACAGGAAAAUCAAAAAACAAAAACAAACAACCUUGAACCAAGAACAUCGAAUUAAAGUGUAAAAAGAAAAGAAAAAUGAAGAAAUGAAUCCAAAAAACUCAAAUGCGUAGAGGAGUGUAGAAUUCAAAGUUUUUUGUAUUUAAUAAAUGUCUAACGCAAUAAGAAGAGAGUAAUGGGAAUUGCCGUACCAAAAAAAAGAAAAAGUGGAAAGUAAAAUAAACAAAAACACACUGAGAACAAAUCAAAGUAAAGUGGUAGAAGUAAAGUAAAUGAAAACUUUCACUGUGCCAAAAAGUUUCAAGUACCUCAUAAUUUAACUAAAUAUUAAAGAGAAGCAACUAAACCACACCGAAACAGCCCACACAAUCCACACAAGCAGUCCACACACGAUCCACAUACCCCAAAUAAUAAUUAUACAAACAUACAAUGCAUACAUAUGUAUAUCCCGUAACGAAAUGAGUCUAGACAGGAAUUGUCAAAGCGUAUGAUUACAUAGAAGCUGAAAGCUGAAAGCGAAGCGUUAACUAAUCCUAAUUUACCAACCGGAGAGGGCUAGAGAAUAGUUAGUUAGAUAGAGAUAGAGAUAGGGAUAGCGAUAGACCUAGAGAUAGGGACGGAUAUAGAAUAGAGACAGAGACAGAGAGAGAUGGCGAUAGCAAGAGAGAGCGGGAUAGUUAGAAGCCGAUUCAGCGCAUGUGGAGAUCUACCAUCCAAAGGGGAUCCACACGUAUCGUAUAUCGUAUAUCGCAUAUCGUAUAUGAUGGGAUCCCCGAUUUUCGAUUAUUUUUUGUAAUUUAUUUAUGCUCCAGCAAACACAGUUCUGCAUACAAUUUCUCUCCAAACUUAAGUGUUCAAUCUUGGCGAAUAUGUAUGUAUAUAUAUUUGCCUUGGAAUGUAUAUGAUUAUGUGAUAGUUUAACUAAUUAACUGCACCCCUUGAGUUAUGCCUUUUUAGCAACAACCAUACAUACUUUGCCUAACUAAAAUACCUUGAUUGUAGCGAAAAGACAACAAAUCACUUGAUUUUCUCGAUACAUAUACAUAAAAGUAUAAGUAAGUUUUUUCAAUUUCAAUUGUGUCAGUAUGUAAACCGUCAAAGAUCAGGGCCUCUAGCAAAUGUUAUAGUUUUAGUUCAUUAUUAUUAUUAUUAU